AUGGAUGGGACUAAAACAGGAAAAUACAUACCACCACACAAACGCGCACAGCUAGCCAAUGCCUCACCUUCAGAUCCUCCAGUAGCAUCAAAAUUUGAAAAAUUCCUACAAAACAGAAACGAUUCCGCCUCCGUCAAAGCCGAAAGCAGCUGGGGUCGACGAGACAGGCGAAAUGGCUUUCUAGACAGCGAAGACCUUCAGCAAGCAGAGCUUCUAUUCCAACAAGAAAAACAUGAAGGUGUUGACUUUGAGUCUUACGAAGACAUGCCAGUAGAAAUAAGCGAAUCUUCUUUUUCAAUGACAAACUUUUCUGACUGUGAAGCUCACCCAACGCUCCUUGCAAAUGUCAGAAAAAUGGGAUACGAAAACCCAACCCCUGUGCAGAAAUAUGCAAUUCCUUGCCUUUUUGCAAGAAGAGACCUUAUGGUGUGUGCACAGACAGGAUCAGGGAAAACAGCUUCAUAUUUAUUCCCAAUGGUUGCAAAAAUGCUUAAUGAUGGACCGCCAGCGCCUCAUGGAGGGAGAGGAUCUUAUCCAUUAGGAUUUGUACUGGCGCCGACUAGGGAGCUAUCAAUACAAAUACAUGAGGAAGCAUUGAAAUUUUGCUAUAAGACAGGAAUUAAGGUUGCUGUUGUAUAUGGAGGGGCAGAUCCAAGGACACAGUCUAAAGAGCUUGAAAGAGGGGUUGAUAUCAUUGUGGCUACCCCAGGCAGACUUAUUGAUUUCAUCAAUAGAGGGAAGGUGAAUCUUUCGUUAACGAAAUAUUUGAUUCUUGAUGAGGCUGAUAGAAUGCUCGAUAUGGGCUUUGAGCCACAAAUUAGGACUAUUUUAGAGUCAACCACAAACCCAGGCAAAGAGACAGUCAUGUGCUCUGCCACUUUUCCUCAGCCAGCACAAGAUCUCGCAGUACAGUUCAUGAAAAAUUAUAUAUUUUUGUCAAUUGGGAAGGCAGGGUCUACUACAGUAAAUAUUAUACAAACUCUUUAUAAAGUAGAAGAACCUGAUAAAAAACUGUUUCUUCAUGAAAAAUUGCAAAAUCUGCAAGGGCUAGUACUAAUUUUUGUAGAAAUGAAGAGAACUGCUGAUAAUUUAGAAGAUUAUCUUAUAGGAAGAGGACAUAGAUGUGCAUCAAUUCACGGGGAUAAAGAUCAGCCUCAAAGAGAAAAAGUUCUUACUAUAUACUAUCGAUUUUUUAGAUUAAAUAAAUUAUUUAAUAAAAAGCAAUAAUUUUUUUUUAUAUGGAGGAUUAGGGAUUUUAAGUCAGGAAAAACACCAAUUUUAGUAGCAACUGAUGUGGCAGCCCGAGGCCUUGACAUUCCAAACGUCACUAAUGUGAUCAACUUUGACACCCCAAAUUCAAUUGAAGACUACGUCCACAGGAUUGGUAGAACGGGCAGAGUAGGAAAAGAAGGUUUAGCAAUAUCUUUUAUCAGUGAAAAAAGUAAGCCAAUAAUAAAAGAUCUCUACAGUUUACUAUUAGAAACAAAGCAAGAUCUCCCAGAUUGGUUUGACGAAAUGUAUCAGAAAACAGUGAUAACCAAUAGAAGGUUUGAUUAUAGGGGAAGGCCAUAUAGAAAUAAUUGGAACAGAAACUAG